AUGCCCACCAGCACGUCCUCCCCAGUUAAGCGCCCCGGCCUCGGCCGUCGCGCCGUCUCCUCGCAUGCAGUCGUCACGCGGACCAACUCCAAUAAUGAGCUGUCACAGUCGCAGUCCUCCAAGAGUACCAUUCAUAAGGCCCAUCGACCCCAUGUCGUCGGUGGUGGUCGCCAUCAUCACCGGAACCCCUCUCUCGGGAAGAACAUAAACAAGCUUUCGCGCCUUCAGCUUGCUCCCGAAACAACCGGUCGUCAUCAUCAACGAAAGAAAUCCGCUCCUGCGACUCCUAUUGCUAGUCCCAAGGGCCAAGCUCACGUACGCUGGGACGGAGUUGUGGAUGACCAUCCUAAGACCACUUCAAUGAAAAGAAAUAAUUCCACACCGGUGCUACGGCGAAAUAACUCGGGUUUUGGCAAGAAAGCUUUGGUUUCAGACCGACCUCAGUCGAGUGCAGGGAAGAAGAAGACGGUCGGAUUUGAGCUGGGAGAUGAUGACAACGACGACGCUGAAUGGGAGGACACCACGCAAUCGCCGGAAAGUACGAGGCGCAACUCCGUCGUACCAUCCAACCACAGCGCAGAGAAUGCCCAAGUCCUAGUUGAUCCCCUUACCUUUGUGAAGCGCCCAUAUCCGCAAGUUCCUCGAGCGACUAGUCUUCCAGAUUCAAUAACCAACCGAUAUCUACGAGAGCAAGAGGACGAGGAGGCGGAACGUCAGGAAGGGGAAGACGAAGACAACAAUACCACUCCUGAAGGAGAGGAAGGGUCCACUGAACAGGGUGACAUCGCAAACCGCCUUCUAAGUCCAUCCCACUCCGCGAGAGCUCCUCCUGCUAUGUCUUCUAUCUCUGCGAUAGCCAAGCCCACAGACUCGGCGUCACGUAGUGCGUCAUCCAUUAGUCUCGCAGGUGCCCAAGAUGGUGCCCGACGCACCUUCUCUAGCUCCAAUAUGGGACUCGGUAACACCCCCGGCAACCACACGCAAGCAACAUCGUCUUCCAUGGAAGGUGGUGUCUCUCGAUUUAUACCCAGCAACCGAUCUGGCUUUCAUGCCUCAUCAAGGACUGACUCAGACCCAAAUACCCCAUCCUCCUUCCUUCCCCACUAUCAUCCGCAAACACCUCCAUCUCCUAAACGUGCGUCGGGGAAAUCCACCGCCUCACCGGCACCUAACAGAGGUGCUGAUCUGUCGCGAACACAACAGAAGCUAUGGCUUCAACGUACAGCAACAUUGAAAAAUUCCCCGCCCGAUUCCCAUGGCGUCUCUCCCACUGUUGCUCCCUCCAACAUUGAUCCCAACUUUAUGGCGGUCACCCACACGCGACCCGGAAUUGGUCCGUAUGACCCCAAUAGGGCCUUGAAUGGAGGUGUUCGUGUUGGUAUCCCAGGCCAUGAUACCGAGGCACGUCAUAUUCGGAAGGCCUAUGAGAAAUCAUCUCUUGAGUUGACUGUCGUGCGGAGGUUCCAGUCACCAACUGGUGAUAGUUUCAACCGACUUCGUGCCGUGGCUCGGGCUUCCCAGGCACUUGCGAAGGUGGACCGAUCAGCUCUAGGCAAACCAGUCAAAUCAGCCCCUUCAUUGGCCCUUCUUCAGCACGACACACAGCCUAGCCGACUUGGCUCAAGCUCCGAGUCAAAAUCACAGUUGCCUGAUCCCCAGUCCUCGGCAUGCGAAGACCACGCGAGUCAUGGCGAAGGAUCCACCGACACCACACAGGGAAUCAAGGUUACGAACCCUUCUCAGAAACUCCUCUCUAGUUCGGAGGAAGCUAUACCGAUACAUAAUCUCCCUGGCGAUCCCGACGCCGAAGGAUUCCCACAUGUUAAUGAAACCGACUUGAUGAUCCGGCGUAUGUGGGAAAGCCGAGAGGUGGCCUCGUCGAGUUAA